AUGUUACCAAAAAAAAUUUUGUGCCGCUUGAGAUCUAAUGAUGAUAAUUUUCUUUUUUUAAAUAGGACUAGAAAUCAAAUUCUUAAUCUAAAAGUCAAGAUUUUUUAUCCAGAGAAAAUGUAUUCCGGAGAGGUCAUACUUGUUAGUGAUGAGGAUUCUGAGGUAGAAGUUUUAAAUAACACAUCAUCAGCUAAUAAAAAUUUAAACGCCAAUAUAACUACAAGAUCGCAGAUUAUUUUUAAUAGCUCCAAAAGCAUCAACAAAGAAUCAUAUAAGCUUAAGACUAAUGAUGAUGAUAAGUUCGUGAGUGAUGAUGAUUAUCAUAAUCGUUUGAUGCAAGAAUUAUCAAAUGUUUUGGCUUUGAGUAAUUUCAAUUUUGACCAUCAAAAUUCUUGUCCCAGUACUCCGGACACUGACGUCCCUGAACCGAGUUAUAAAAAUAUUUUUGUCUCUGAAGAUAAUCAGAGUAAUGAUUUAAAGGAUGGGAAUCAUAUACAGAUUUUAAAAGUGGAAUCAUUAAGUAAAUGGGAAGGACAAUAUACAGACAAUCAAUCGGAACAUUUCUUUCUACCGGUCGACGAUGAAAGUAGUGGAAAAAAAUUGAAAGAAAAAAAUCAAACAACUAGGCAUGAGCUGGAUAUUUUAAAUAAAUAUCUUCCUGUUGUUCAGCUUAAAAAAGUUUCGCUGCCUGAUAACAAUAUUCAUUCAGAAAAUUUUAAUAAAAAGCAGUUACAAAUUGACAAUACUAAUGCAAAUAACGUAAUGAAUGAAAAAGUUGCUGUAGAAAUGUCCCACGCUAAUAAUGAUGAUCAAAAAUAUCAUAUAAAGAAAAUUCAUACAAAGAAGACGCCCUUCGUGUUCUCACAUCCUCCGUAUACUUUCGCUGGUGCAACUUCUCGAGAUGUAAAAAGACUCUCCAAAAAGGAACGUAUCAAAAAUAAGUACUAUAAAUGCACUUUUUGUAAUUUUAAGACUGUUACUUUACGUUGUUUUAAUAAUCAUUUACGUCGCUUUCAUAAUGAUAAAGCUCCAUACACCUGUACGGAAUGUAGUUACAGUAGUACUAAUUUAAGAGCGUUGAAUAUUCAUAUAAAUCAUCACUUUGCCAAAGAAACUUAUCGUUGCUCUCAAUGUACGUACUCUACUGCAUGUAGUAAUGAACUUCUAUCUCACAUUGAAAUUCACAAAAGUAAAGAAUAUAGAUGUAAUAUUUGUAGAACGUUAUUUUCAAAACAAGAAAAUUUUAGUAAGCAUAAACUCGACAAUCACACAGUAUUCCCGUUCAAUCAAACAGCUAAGUGUGAAUUUUGCGAAGAUCAAUUUACAAAUAAAUAUAAUAAAAAGUUGCAUCUGAUGACUCAUGAGAAUAAAAAAUUUCGUAAAUGCAAUCGAUGUAUUUACAUGACACUGUCUGUAAAACAAUUUAAAAAACAUAUGGAUAAGCAUAAAUUUAAUAGAUUAUUUAUUUGUAAUGAUUGUAGCAAGUCUUUUCCACUUAAGAAGUUGCUGGUACAACAUAGUUGGGGACGGCGAGAAGGGGAUGUCUUUGAUUGCAUGUCUGCGCACCCCAUAAUCAAAAUGUUCACAUUAGUUGAUGAUAUGAUGAAAUAUCCUUGUGAUGGAAUAGAAAACGUUAUUAAAAUAUCCAAUUUCAAUAAUAAUGGAAUCAAUAUGAACUACGAUUACACGGAGCAUAUAAACAGUGCAACAGAUACUCAGUUCCAACCACCAUCAAAUACCGAACCGACAUUAACAGAAAAUAUUAAUUAUAUCUCAACAUCAUAUGAACUUUUGGGUUCACAAAAUGACGCUUAUCUCAACUCAUAUCAAACUCAACCGGUCCAAAAUUUAAUAUCUAUAGAACAAAAUGAACAAAAUAUCAUACCUAUUAUUCCUGAGUUUUCUUAUCCAAAUGUAAAUCUUAUGCCGACUAUUCCGAUCAACGAUUAUGCACUGGUUCCUUGUUAUUAUUUGGUGGUACCUGAAGAUGGUCUUGUUGCGCCACCCAUUAUCCCAGUGAACACUAUUCCAGAACAAGUUCCAGUAAGAUUUGAAGACCGCAGUAACUUUGUGAUGGUAAACGUAGACAAUGAGUUGGAAAAAACCAAUGGUAAUUUUAUUUAUCUUAAUAAUGUAGUCGCUUCAAAUGCCCAGAAUUUGUUAAGUCAAGAAAAUGAAGUAAUUGAUACUUGCCAGACUUCUGUCGCUGAUUUUCCAAGUUGUGAAUUGCCAACAGACUCAGUAGACAAAUCAGUAUCUUUAGAAUCUUCAUUAAACAUAGAAGACCAGGAGACACCUGAUGCUUUUAUUUCUUCUCAUCCUGAAUCUGGAAGUCAAUCCCAGGCAACAGAAAAAUCCCAUCCAUGUAAAAUUUGUAAAAGAAAAUUCAACAGUUUAAAUCAAUUAGAAAUUCAUAUGGGAAUUCACGACGUUGGAGAUAAAUUAUUUAAUUGCUCUGUAUGCCACGUCAAUUUCCAUCAGUUUCAUCUUUUAAAACGGCACAUGCGGAUUCACAAAAGCACCGAAACAUUUACAUGUGAAAUUUGUUCAACAAAGUUUGAGUGGGCUGAGUUUUUGGAACAACACAAAAAGCGUUGUAAUGAUGCUAAAAAGCCAUAUCAUGUGUGCAGUGUUUGCCAAAUGAAACUCAGCAGUCUUUUGAAACUAAAACAGCACAUGCGUACUCAUAAGGAGAAGCAGACACAUGAAUGCAGCGUUUGUAAGAAGAAAUUCAUCUGGCCGUCACUACUAAACGUUCAUAUGCGUAUCCACACCGGUGAUAAAAGAUAUGAGUGCGAUAUUUGCCAUGUGAAGUUUACUGCGGCUUGUAACAUGAAGAAGCACAAGCUUACGCAUACAGGCGAGAAACCCUUUCAGUGUGACAUUUGUCAGGCAAAAUUUACUCGAUCAAUUAGUCUCACUCAGCAUAAAGCAACCCAUACAAGCAGAACUGAAGAGUGUGAGAUUUGUAAGUCGAAAUUUAGAGGACCCUGGAAUCUAAAGCGACACAUGCGGAUUCAUACUGACGAAAAACCUUUCAAGUGCGAUGAAUGCCAAUCGACAUUCUCUCAAAAAUUCUACUUAUCCAAACACAUCCGUCUCCAUUACAACAAAAAAACUUACGAGUGUGAUUAUUGUAAGAUGAAAUUAUCUCAAAAAUAUUGCUUGAUUCGUCACAUGAAGAUUCACGCCGGUAGUAGCGCGUACAAAUGCGAUGAGUGCCACAAAAAAUUCCAUUCCAUACGAGGUUUAAGUCAUCACAAAAGCGUCCAUACCGGAGAAGUCCCAUUUGAAUGUGAUGUCUGUAAGAAAAAGUUUUUGAAGUUAAAGCACUUGCUCAAACAUGAAAAUAUUCAUAAAACGAAAAAAAUGUACCACUGUGAUAUUUGUAACGCCGGAUUUAACCAAGUCGGUCAUGUUGCGGUCCACAAAAUAAGACAUCAUGAAUCUCAACCGUCUCAAGAUUUUAAAUGUAAAUUUUGUGAUGAAUCUUUCAAGAGUAGUUACUUCUUGAAGCUUCACCUUAAAAAUCAUAAGAAUGAAAAAUAUUUUUACUGUAACAUUUGCUUGUAUAAGACAAGAUGGCCUAUUUCAAUUAAAGUUCAUACUCAAAAUCACUCAAAACCAGGGUUGUAUAUUUGUUACGAGUGUGGAAGAUCAUCUAAAAGAAAAAUUUUGUUACUACAGCACAGGAAGAAGUUUCAUAGUUCUUAA